GAACAGCCAAUACCGGGAAGUUCUCCAAGGAAACCAGCGUCAACAGAGAGAUGAACCUGCAGUCUGAUUGGAAACAACACAAGCUUGGGCAAAAUUGACAUGGACAAAAUCAAGUUAGAGACCGAUCUGGUCCAGGUGCUUACUGGCAACCCGGGAUGCAACGUCACUUACGUUCUGGACGUCUCUGAGAGGGCAAGAGCUGUCCUGGGAUCAGUGAAACGCCUGCUCAUCCAGACUCUGCUGGCCAAAGCUUCUCUGGCAGACUCCCUGUCAUAGUCAGAUUCUCAAACAUGGUGCACUGCUGGUCCUUGCACAUGCUUCCUUGUCUUCCCAACACCGUGUUCACAGCUCUUCCCUGGGUUCACUCCAUCAGCUGCAGCCCCAGCAGACACCUACUCGCUGCCUUGAAAGCGGCUCUCUCUGACCCGGCGUGCCACGCCGUUCACCUGCUCUGCACCGACCUCCCGGAGCAGCCGGGGCUCUUACUCAGAUUCCUGUCAGCCCUGGCGACCUGCAGGCCCGUAAAUGUUUUCUACCUUCAGGGACCCAGCAGAGGGCUGGAGAGGUCCACCAGAGACUACCUGCUGUGUCUGAGCCAGGCCAACAGAGGGAGCUGCUACCUGAUCAUGUUUGAUUUGGAGGGCAAUUUAGAGAAGCGGUGGCCGGGUCGGAGUUCUUCCCAGGCCACASGGUGUUGGCCAGGAGACAGGCGGACGGCCUUUUCUACCCCGGCUCUGUGAUCCAGGAAGUUCAGGUGGACUCGUGCUAGUAUUUGAAUAAUAAGGCAACAAUAAUAAAAGUAAAAAUAAAUUUAAAAAAAUGACUUUUCAGUAUUUUCUGAAUUUCAAAUGUCGAACAUUUUCGACUUUGACAGCAAAGAAAUGUCAAAGUUUUUUCUAGAAAAUUUCUGAAAUAAAAAAUGUUUUAGUUUAUUUUUGGUGGAAACUUACUCCUUCCGUUUUCUAUCUACAAUGGCUCGAAUAAGCCUUCAUAGCGACUCUAAAGUGGAAAAAUGUUCAACUCCGUAUAUGUUCAGCUAAUAUACACAGACGUGCUCACGUCUGUGUAUAUUAAUUAUAAUUCGAACUUUCACGUGCGAAUUUCGCUGGUUGCUAGGUUUAGAGAAGCCCGAGCUAAUGUCGCUCAUCGCGUAAGUUCCAUAGGAAAUGAAUUAAGAGGGAGUGUGUAUAGGUCAAGUUUAAAGUUUGUAGUUAGAAUUAUAAAUGCAAAGCUCUUUAUAUCUUCCUAUACCAAGUUUCUAGCCAAAUGUUCUGGCAGAUGUAAGAAUGUUAACCCUAACCCCAUUUCUUGCAAAACAGUGGCAACAUAAUAAAAUAUUUCUAAUUCUUCAACCUGUUGUAGAAGUCUCAAGUCUACUGGGUUUAUAUUUUGAUUGAAAUUUUCUUCCCACAUGCAAACUCAGGGCAGCAAGGGACUUUGGGUAGUUGAGUUUGACCAUGGAGGCAGUGCUGGUUUUGGCACUGCCUCCUCCCAGCGUGAACUGGUUUGCUCACUCGACCUGGUCGUGGACAGCAGAGGUCAUAACCACCGGCUGGUACCUGGGGAUUUUGUCCUGUCGCCAUGGGAAUCAGAUCUGAGGAGAUACGGUCCGGGUCGAGUGGUGGCAGUCGCAUCUCACAGAGCCGAUGUCGUGGCUGACUUCCAGGUGCUGAUGUGGAACAGCUCUGUGUCUCUGGUUCCUGACAGCCUGGUUUUGCCAGUUUCAUUAUAUCAUUAUUUCAGACUUGUGAGGCAGCUCCAGAUCCCAGCUCCAGCUUUUGGACGAUGCAGCAGCCAGGUCUGCAGCAAGUCUCCAUGCCCUAUCCGGAGGCCUUACACGCACUGCUGCCAGUCCACACACACCCAGCUGCCCUGCGUGGUUUCCACCAGCUGUAGGUGCGGCCUGGAAGAGUCGGGUCACUUUAACACGGAUGAAUUUGUCAGGAAUGGACACUCUGAGACACCGUCCCCACCAUCGACAUUGCCAACCAUAGAAGAAAACACUUCAAACUCCCCCGAAGCAAAGCUUUGGAGCAAACGACAGCGUCCUCCUUGGAGGUACUGGAGGAGAACUGGACCAGAACCUCAGCACAAACAACCAGGAAGUGAAGUGAACAGGACGACGUCACAACGCUCCAGCCUCGCUGUCCCACAGAUCAGCAGCUCACCAAACCACAGCUCCCUGUUUCAGUCGCUUCCUGACGCCAACGCAAAAAACAUGAACAUCAGAGAUGUUUUUGGAACGGCCAGCUUCAAGCCUCGACCACCUGCACAGCGCCAGUCCUUCUCUGCUGGCAAAGCCACUCUUAUCCUUACGUGAUAAUGGUAUAAAUGUGUGAAAAGAUAUUAAGUUUACUCUUUUAUUGCAGCAGCGUGAUSUCACACUGAUAAACGGAUUCAGAUGGAGGAAAAAGAUGUUAAUUGGUUCAGAAUAAAAUUUGUUUCACCAGUUAAUUGCAUCCCUAACAAUUCCUGUAAAAGCAAGUGAUGCAAUUUAAAAUAUUUACUCUUUAAAAUYGACUAGCUUAACUUUAUUGGUUAAAAAAUACUGUUUCCUUAUAAACAUAAAUAUGAUGUGACCCAGAGGCCCAUUUCUAUUAGCUGUUGUUCAAAAUAGUAAAGAUUAGAGAUUUCGCUUCAUUUUUACUAAUCACUAUAAUUCAGGGAUAAAAAAAUAAAAAAAAAGACACCUGCUCAUUAACUUACACGAUACCAACUUGCCAGCUGGUUGUUUGGGAGUCAUACUAGCAAAAACUUUUUUGUUGUUGUACCGUCACAAACAUAAUCUA